GAACAAUCAGAGACAGACAUCCAUUCAUCCAUCCCAAAAAGUAAAACAAAAUAAAACAAACAGAGAGAUCAUCGAUAAGCGACAAAAACACACACACACACACACUCUCCCGUUCGUGCGCGGUUGUAUUUUGAAUCCAUUCGAACGAACAUCUUUCUUUGGAUCCAUCCCCCGUGUAUAGUUACUGAUCUCUACGUACUUUUUUUACCCUAAUUAAUAAUUGGAUCCGGCGGCGGCAGCGGCAUUGUGUUGUUGUUGUUGUUGUGGUGAUUUAGAUUGAAUUGGAUGGCGAGAAUGCGAGGAGGAGGAGGAGGAGGAGGAGGUGAAGAGAGUGGAGGAGGAGGAGGAGAACAGAGAGAGAGAGAUCCGAAGCACUCUGGUUUGGUAAGAUUGGUACAAAUAGUAACGAUGUUGGUUGUUUUUGCUGGCGGUGUCGUCAUCGGUUUAACAACCACUUCUCACAUUCACUACUUCAAUACUAAUUAUAAUAAUAACAAUAACUACCUUCAUUUCAUUUCCCAACAACCUUCUUCCACUGCUGGUGUCUUCAAUCACAUUGAUGAUGAUAUUAUUGAUACCCUCCAACAACAACAACCCAACAACUGUAACUGUAAUUGUACAACUAAUAAUAAUAAUGAACCACCUCCAACUCCUUCACCUCUUCCGGUGGUGGUGGUGGAGGAGUAUGAAGAGGAUAUGUUGGAGUCUUUUGUUCAUCCAUCCAACAUCACCCACACCUUAUCUGACGACCAACUUUUCUGGAGGGCUUCCUUGGUUCCCACGAAACAUAACUACCCAUACGCUCGUGUACCCAAACUUGCUUUCAUGUUCCUUACUAGGGGACCUUUGCCCUUGUUGCCUCUCUGGGAGAGAUUCUUUCAAGGCCACUCCCAUCUCUUCAACAUUUAUAUCCACGCUCCUCCUGGUUACCUUCUCAACGUCUCUCAUUCUUCCCCAUUUUAUCGACGCAACAUUCCAAGUCAGGUUGUUUCCUGGGGAACAGUUACACUGGCCGAUGCUGAGAGGCGGCUUCUAGCAAAUGCACUGCUGGACUUUUCAAAUGAGCGAUUUGUUCUCCUCUCAGAGAGUUGCAUCCCUGUCUACAACUUCCCUACUGUUUACAGAUAUCUCAUUGAUUCUGCACACAGCUUUGUUGAGUCAUAUGAUGAUCCUUCCCGUUACGGUCGAGGCCGCUACAGCCGCAAUAUGCUACCUGAUAUUCAGCUUAAACACUGGCGCAAAGGCUCUCAAUGGUUUGAACUCAACCGUGCUCUCGCUGUUUAUAUAGUCUCUGACACCCAAUACUUUUCCCUCUUCCGUAAAUACUGUAAGCCUGCUUGCUACCCAGACGAACACUACAUUCCAACCUUCCUUAAUAUGUUCCAUGGUUCUCUUAAUUCAAACAGAACAGUCACAUGGGUCGACUGGUCAAUGCUUGGUCCUCAUCCGGCAACCUACGGGAGGGAUAAUAUAACCGUCAGUUUUAUACAGGCUAUAAGGAACAAUGGAUCCCUUUGUCGAUAUAACUCAGAUAUGACUUCCAUUUGUUACCUCUUUGCUCGCAAGUUUGAUCCCAGUGCAUUGGAGCCGUUGCUUAACCUCUCUUCAGAAGUCAUGAACUUUUAAUUUUCUCUAUUCAUUUAUAACUCGUUCUUUUAGUUGUAGUCCCUAGAUUGCGGUAGUGGAUUAUUUCACAACUUCAGUAACAAAUCAUUUUGCAUUGGUAGAGAUAUCUGUACAGGUAUUGUUAGAGAAUUUGGGUUCUCUGCUAGAGAUUAUCAUAUUCUUGCAGAAAUUAACUGCAUUUUAUUCCUUCCAAGAAGGAAUCUAUCAAUACAGAAAUUUUAUAUUUUCACCAACUCUCAAUUCCUUGUGGUUUUUUGGGUUAUAUCUUCAGUUUCCAAUACUGCCAGUACACAGUUAAAUGCACUCUGAGAAAUUAACAACUUUAAUCAUAUUGUGCUUUUCUGUGUGUGUGUGUGUGUGUUUGAUGAAGACGAGUAGAAUAGAAAAAGAAAAGAAAAACAAUAUGAAUUGUUUAUGACAGACAGCACAUGCUACUAUUACAUAUACCAUCCACGUUUAUUUAUACCUUAUAAUACAAAUAUCUCCAUUUUUUAAGAUUGGUGAAUCAUAACAAUGCUAAUAUAUCUUACGUUAAUCUAUCAGACUAAGGGUGAUUGUGUGGACUUCACAACUAUAAAACAACUUCACUGAAUGCUUAAAAUCCACUUCAUGGUUCAUAAACAACUUCAGGAACUUCAAAUAAGCUAAAUGACAGCACAUUCAUUUAUCAUUACUUUGGCAGUAUGUGCACCCGCCGGAACAUAAAACAAGGGAAAAGGCUGUAUGGGAACAAAAGGAUUGGGAACUGCUUUCUUGAAGGGAACCAAAAGACAAGACAACCCGCAAAUUUUUAAAAUAGAGAACAUGGAGAUCAAUCUGAAAAGGGAGUAAUUCUGUUUCUUCUUUUCUUUCUCUUUCUUUCUUUCUUUUCACGGCAGAUUUUUGGUAAAUGAGAAAAUAGAUGGGUGUGAUUUAUUUACAUAAACUUUAGGGAAGGUCACUGCAAUUUGCCUAUAACUAUUAAUAUGAAUAUAAACUUUAUGGAGAUCAAUCUGAAAAGGGAUUUUGUCUAAUAGUAAAUAGACAGACCAUGAAACCAAGUGUCCCCGGAUUCAAACCUCCAAACUAUAUUUCACUGUCGAUUUGGAUACUGUGGUACAUCAAACAAAACAUUUCAGCUGAACGGUUCCAACCCAAAGUAGCAAGAAAUAACACCGACA